AUGGCCCGCACCCAUGGCUACGGCAAGUUCCUGGGCUUGACCGAGCCUGAACAGAGGGUGCUACUCUACAGCAUCCUCUACGCCACCCACGACGGCCGGAAUCCUGUCAACUUCGAGAAGCUGGCAAGUGAGCUGGGAUAUACAGUCGUCUCAGCCAAAGUCAUUACGGCUGCACUCGCCGCGACUGGCAUAGAUCCCGGCCGCAAGCCAUAUUCUCGACGCACAGCAUCUGCUUCCGCGGAUGCUGUCCAAGAGAUUACCGAUGCUGGCCCCUCGAACCCCGAUGCCUCUGCCGAUCCUGCUGCCUCCGGUCCCUCCACCACUGCUGACGAGGGCAAAGCUCCCAAGAAGCCGCGCAAGGUCCGACGCACCGCUGUCCCACGAAAGCACAAGGCUUGCGAGAUGGAUGAGGGUGAUAAGGACGGCAAGGCUGAUGAGGACGAUGGGGCUGGUACGGCCGUUGCUGAGGCUUAG